AUUUUUUCUUUUCCUCUUUCAAUUUUCCGUUUCUUCCAUUCCUCGAUCUUCGAGAGCUUCGCGAAGCUCUCGAUCUCGAGCUAAAAAAUUACACAUUGACGUACAAAUCGAUAUUUCUUAACGAUUUGUACUCGCAAAGAAGAUAAAAUUUAACACAGGCUUAAAAUGACGAUACCGUCGCAACUAAAGCGCGGAAUCUCACGUCAAUUCUCGACAGGCUCGAUGAAAAACGUGAAAUUCAGUUUGAAGCGACAAAAUUCUCUGGAUCCUCGUGCUAAGACCUUGAGGUUUAGCUUCGGCCGUCAAUCAUCGCUGGAUCCUAUCAGGAGAAGUAGUGCGGGAGACGAUGAGUUGAUGAGUGUGCCUGAGAAUCUCGAUUCGACCAUGCAGCUGUUGUUUAUGGCGAGUCAGGGAGAUGUGGAUGGAGUGGCGGAGUUGCUUGAUGAUGAUGUGGAUGUGAAUAGUAUUGAUCUGGAUGGACGGACGGCUUUGCAUAUUGCGGCUUGUGAAGGACAUACGGAUGUUGUCGAGCUCUUGUUGAGUCGGAAGGCGAAUAUUGAUGCCCGUGAUCGUUGGGGUAGUACGGCAGCAGCUGAUGCCAAAUACUACGGCAAUUUUGAAGUUUACAAUAUUUUGAGGGCACGAGGAGCUAAAACUCCGAAAAUCAGAAAAACUCCUAUGACAGUUGCAAAUCCUCGUGAGGUCCCGGAGUAUGAGCUCAAUCCCCUGGAGCUUCAUGUUCGCAAAAGCGAUGGUAUCACAAAGGGAACGUAUCAGGUUGCUAAAUGGAACGGAACAAAAGUAUCUGUAAAGAUACUCGAUAAAGAUGGCUAUACAGACCCUGAAUACAUAAAUGCUUUCAAAAAUGAGUUAACCAUUUUGGAAAAGGUGAGGCAUCCGAAUGUGAUACAAUUUGUUGGAGCCGUCACCCAAAAUAUUCCCAUGAUGAUUGUUACAGAGUAUCACACCAGAGGUGACUUGGAAACAUACCUUAAAAGAAAAGGGAGGCUUUCUCUAUCAAAAGCUCUCAAGUUUGCUCUUGAUAUAGCUAGGGGCAUGAGUUAUCUUCAUGAAUGUAAACCAGACCCAGUUAUUCACUGCGACUUAAAGCCAAAAAAUAUUUUGCUGGAUAGUGCCGGUCAUUUGAAGGUUUCAGGAUUUGGUGUAUUCAGAAUGUCAACAAUAUCUCCAGACAAAGCAAAACUAUUGCAGCCUGAGGUCAUUGAUCACUGCAAUUUAUAUAUGGCACCUGAGAUCUACAACGAUGAGAUAUUUGAGAAACGAGCAGACGUUUACUCUUUUGGUCUAAUCGCUUAUGAGAUGGUGGAGGGAGUUCAACCAUUUCAGCCCAAAUCUCCAGAAGAAGCUGUAAGACUGAUGUGUGUAGAAGGCAAAAGGCCUAAGCAUAAAUCAAAGUCUUAUCCCUCGGAUCUAAUAGAAUUAAUUGAGCAAUGCUGGAGUCCGAAGUACGAUUCAAGGCCAAGCUUUGCGGAAGUCAUUGUAAGGUUGGACAAAAUAAUCUUGAACUGCAACAAACAAGGGUGGAAGGACACUUUCAAACUCCCCUGGUUAUAAAAAGGAAUCACACCAAGAAUGGGAGAAGAAUAGUGGCUUUGUCUUGAAGCUUCAUGCUACAUGUUCCAUUCCUGAGUGCAACUUGGAGGCUCUUAGUAGUGCUUCAGGAUCUAAAGACCAGACCAAAUAUCUUAUUCCAAAUAUAAUAUCGAGUCGGUCCUUUAUUGACAAUUUUCUCAGGAUUUGGAACAGGUUUUGUAUGUGUAGAAUGUGUACAACAUUUUCUUCAAGGAAAUAACAAACUGAAAAAUUUUAUGAUUCUUUCCUUGUAGUCUGUAGUUAGCAGUAGUGAACAAGAUUGAAAUGUAGAGGCCUUGAAGCAUCUUUCAACUGAGGUCGUGAGUUGCCAAUUAUUAGGGCAGUUUUUGUUCAAAAUAUAUUUGAAUAGUUGGCAACAGAGGAAGUUGCAGGAAACUCCGCCAUGUAAAUUAAGAAAAUAUAUAGUAAGAUGAAAGUUGCCAAUUUGAG